CGAAAACAAAUGCUAUCAAGGAUAAAAGAUCAACUCUUAAUACACUGUUGGUGACAAGGUAAAUUAGUGUAGUCAGUACGGAGCUGGAUCAUCUACCGAAUGAUUCACCUGUUGCAUUUCUGGGUGCAAAUCUAGAGGAAAUGAGAUUAGCAUAUUGAAGCUAUACCUGGAAUCUCUGAAUAUUGGGGCUCUGUUCACUAUCUCUAUGGUACAGAACUAACUAAGGUGUCCAUUGACAGAUGAAUGGAGAAGGGAAAUGUGUGUGUACACAAUGGAAAUACUAUUCAGCCAUAAAAAGAACAAUCCUGUCAUUUGUGGCACCAUGUAUGAGGCUUAAGGACAUACAUCAUGUUAAAUAAGCCAGGAUCAGAAAGAUCCACAUAUUCAUAUGUGGAGACAAAAAAGUAUAUGCUAAUCUGGCAGAAUAGUGAUCACUAGAGGCUAGGGAGAUCAAGGGCAAAGAAGAGGGAGUUGGGUAAUAGGUACCAAACACAGUUAGAUAGGAGGAAUAAGUCCUAGUGUUCUUCCUUAUGGUAGAGUGACCAUGGUCACAAUGCCUUCUUCUAUAUUUUGUAAAGAACUAGGAGAGAGGAAUUGCAGGGUUCCCAGCACAGACAGAUGGCCCAUAUUUGGGAGAGGGAAGUGCUAAUCCCCCGGAUUUGGUCGUUAUAUAUUGUAGCCACACUGUGCUCCAUAAAUGUGUUACACUUGUGUGUCACUUGAAAAUAACUUAAAAGAGGAGGCCGCAAGUGUGGCUCAAGCCAUAGUGUGUCUGCCUAGCAAGCUGGAAGCCCCAAGUUCAAACCCCAGUACCAACAAAAACAAAGUAACAAAAGUUAAAAGUGGAUAAAAUUGACCUUACACUGAUUGGGAGCUUGGCCCUUUGCGGGGGGUGUGUGUGUGUACUGUGUGUUGGUGUGUUUAUGUGUGUGUGGUGUGUGUGUGUGUGUGUUUGCCUCUAAAAUCUGCCGUCUGCUUUUAGCUUGUGACCUCAUACCAUACUGUACUGGUUGCGGUCUUAGUCACUCUCUUGAGAAAUGUGCUAUUUCCUCAGCGUGAGAGGACCAGGGAGUUUUAAGUGAUUCUGUUCUAAGAAAGCACUUGAAGAUGAAGGGGAAAAUAGCAGCAGGCACCCCCCUUCAUGGCUGGGGGCGUGGAGGGGAGGCAGGAAAGCUGCCCGGAGCGCCUUAGCUCAGUGCAGGCUGCUCUCAGGGAGGAGGUGGUUAGCACUGGAAGGUGCUUGAACUUGACUUGAGGAACUGGGUGGUGGCCCUGGCUGCCAGUGAGGAGCUGCAGUUUGAUUGGCCAGGGUGUGGCCAGCCAUUCCUCUUGCAAUCCAGGAAGCAGUGCUGAGCUGUCCUAGUGGCUACUCUGCCCCAGGUAUUCCCGGCCCCACCCAGCCACAGCUGUAGGAAACUUUGCUCGGAUUUAGCCACAAUUCUCCUUUCACGGGCAGAACACGGCAGACCUUUCCUAUCCUAUAAGGCAGCAAGAUGGUCCUUAAAGAAGAGGAGGAUGUUCCCAGCGAUCUGACGGCAGAGGAGCGUCAAGAAUUGGAGAACAUCAGGCGGAGGAAGCGGGAACUGCUGGCUGACAUUCAGAGGCUGAAGGACGAGAUAGCAGAAGUUGCUAAUGAAAUUGAAAGCCUGGGAUCCACAGAGGAGAGGAAAAACAUGCAGAGGAACAAACAGGUAGCCAUGGGCAGGAAGAAAUUUAACAUGGACCCUAAAAAGGGCAUCCAGUUCUUAAUAGAGAAUGACCUGCUGAAGAACACUUGUGAAGACAUCGCCCAGUUCUUGUACAAAGGGGAAGGGCUCAACAAAACAGCCAUCGGUGACUACCUGGGGGAGAGAGAUGAGUUUAACAUCCAGGUCCUGCAUGCGUUUGUGGAGCUGCACGAGUUCACUGACCUGAACCUCGUCCAGGCUUUGCGGCAGUUCCUGUGGAGCUUUCGGCUCCCUGGGGAGGCCCAGAAGAUUGACCGAAUGAUGGAGGCCUUCGCCCAGCGGUACUGUCAGUGCAACAAUGGCGUGUUCCAGUCCACUGACACUUGCUAUGUCCUCUCCUUUGCCAUCAUAAUGUUGAACACCAGCCUGCACAACCCCAAUGUCAAAGACAAGACCACUGUGGAGAGGUUCAUUGCCAUGAAUCGUGGCAUCAAUGACGGGGGAGACCUGCCUGAGGAGCUACUGCGGAAUCUAUAUGAAAGCAUUAAAAAUGAGCCCUUUAAGAUCCCAGAAGAUGAUGGAAAUGACCUCACUCACACUUUCUUCAAUCCAGACCGAGAAGGCUGGCUGCUGAAACUCGGUGGCAGGGUAAAGACCUGGAAGAGACGCUGGUUCAUUCUGACCGACAACUGCCUGUACUACUUUGAAUACACCACGGAUAAGGAGCCUCGAGGCAUCAUUCCCUUAGAGAACCUCAGCAUCCGGGAAGUGGAAGACUCCAAAAAGCCAAACUGCUUUGAGCUUUACAUCCCUGACAAUAAAGAUCAAGUCAUUAAGGCCUGUAAGACCGAGGCUGACGGGCGAGUUGUAGAAGGGAACCACACUGUGUACCGGAUUUCAGCCCCCACGCCUGAAGAAAAGGAGGAGUGGAUCAAAUGUAUUAAAGCAGCCAUCAGCAGGGACCCUUUCUAUGAGAUGCUUGCAGCGCGGAAAAAGAAGGUCUCCUCCACAAAGAGACACUGAGUGUGUGCCGGGCUCCAGCAGAGGCGCUGCUAAGCGAGUCCCCUCUACCUGCCCUGCCUGUCCCUACAGACUAGCUUCCACGUUAGCAGUUUUGUUAAGGGGAGAAGCAGCGGUAUUGUGGGGUCAGGGAACUGAUGUCUGCCUGGCCUGCACUCGAACCCCCCUCGCUCAGAUCAGCUCCUGGCAGCAGAUCUGCUCUAGCACGCCUCUGCUCAGCGGUUCGACAGCACAGCGGAGAGCCUGCUGUUUACCUCGUGUGGCCCAGUGAGGAGCUUCACCUUACACCGAAAAUACCUGUGUGGACAUGCUCUAUAGCAAGAAGAAAGGCAGGAAGGAAGAGAAGCCACAUACCAUAAAGAUUUAUUUUUUCUUAAAAAAAGGAAAAAAAAAAAAAAAAAAAAAAGGAAAGCAGGUCUGCAGUCUGCCCUGCCUAUGGGGAGCUCCCCUGGACCCUGGACAGGGGCCUCCAGGCUGCCAGGUGUCCUCCUGCCAGGGCCAUCGACCACCUUGCCGCACCUUGGGAGCAGCUGGGAGCUGGCUUAUGUGGACAAGAGGGGUGAAGGCAGGGUGGCAGGCAGGGGCACAGCAGGCACAGGGAGGUCUCAGUGGCAGUCAGGCUCCAGGCCCUCUGUGGUCCUCAGCCUGUGGUGGUCAGGAGGAUUGCACACUGACUGGACACCUCCCUUGUCUCAUUCUCAGAACUGAGGCCCACUGGGCUUUAAAGUAGGAAGUCAGCAUUUUCCUUGAGCUAAAUACCUAAUAACCAAAACUGUGAGGAGGUUAACCCAGUGGGUCCCAGGAUGGCCUCAUGUCUCAUGCCUGGUUUUCCUUUCUCUUCCCAUAGCUCCGCUCCUCGUUCUAGAGGAUGGAGCAGGGCUUUCCUCAUCCCCGUGGGCGCCAGCUUUUCCUGCCUCAAAACCGGCCCUCGCUACACUUUUUGGUGCCUCUGUGGUGGCCUCCAGAGGGCAGGGGCCUUUGCUCAGCAUGGUACCACGCCAUGAGGUACCCCCUGUCUCCUUCCCCCAGGCACAUGUGUGAUGGCCCUGCCCUCCUAGCGUACCGUGUGGAGGGAGCCGCGAAGUGCAGCAUUCUCCUGCCGUUCUCUCAGGGACUCUCAGGGCAGCUCCUGCCACUCAGCCAGGGCCAGCAUGCCUGUCCAGGCAAGGCAGUGGGGCAGUGUUCCAACUGCCCCUCCCAUGCCCAGGCCAGGCGGCAGGCACUGUCUCCAGGCUGUGGAGGAGUCAUGGAUCUCCACAGGCCAUUUGGCCUUGGCUUUUCUCACCCAGUGAGGUAGGUUGGCAUCUCUGGAAAUAGCUUUGCAGGGGCGGGGGGAGGGGUUGCAUUCUGGCCCCUCCUGUGGAUCCUGCCUAGAGUGGCCUCAGGUGCUUUGUGGCCAAGCUUGUGAAGGUGACAGUGAUGGAGUAGAGUCCAGGCUAGAAACCUGGCUUCCCCCGUGCAGAAUCAGGCAUUGUUAGCUCAUGUCCAGGUGGUCACAGUGCCGGAAACCCACCCCAGCAGGCCUGGCCCUGGCCCUGGCCCUGGUUCUCACUAGGAUUCCUGGGCAGAGAGGCACCUGGAUCAGUAUUAGUCUAUUUAUCAGAGGUGUACAUAAUCCAUGUAUAGUUUUUCUCCUCUUAGAUUAUUUUGUAUUUGUUUAAAAAAAGAUUUGUCAAAAUAUAAAGAAAGGACAGAAAGUUGUUGACAGGGUUUUUAAGAAAUUAUAAUUAUUAUUACAGUUGUUUUUGUUUGGUUGGUUUUGCCUUGUAAACUAGCGCCAAGGAACUGCAGCAAAUAAACUCCAAAUUUGCCCAAACCAUGUCUGUCUGUGGUUCUGCUGUGCCAGAGGUAAUGGCCUUAUAUAUAAAGUUCUAAGGAAUCUGCAAAAAGACUGAGAGGUAUGAAUGCAGCAGGAUUUACAGCACACACGCUCAGUGUGUAAAAGUCAGUGGUCUUUGAAGCACUAGCAACAAACAGCCCCCAAAAAGAAAGAAAACCAUUCCAUUUACAAUAGCAUCUGAAAAAACACAACGUUUAGGAAUAAGUUUUCUCAAAGUACAAGAUGUAUGGUGAAAGCUAUUUAAAAGAUCACUGAAAGAUAUUAAAGGAGACCUAAAUAAACAUAAAGAUUGCAUUUAUCAACAAGAUGUAAUAUUAAGGUGAUAAUACUGGGCCAGGUGUGGUGGUUCACUUCUGUAAUCCUAGCUUCUCAGGUGGCAGAGACAGGAGGAU